UAUAAUGAUGCCAACAUGUCUGUUCAAUCAAUGCUUUGUGAGCGCAUAGCUAUUGCCAAAGAGCUGAUGAAACGAGCCGAAGCCCUCUCCAGAUCACGAGUAGGCGGUGUAGAAGGUGGAGCGAAAUUAUGCAGCAAGUUGAAAGCCGAGUUAAAAUUCUUACAAAAAGUGGAAGCUGGAAAGGUAGCCAUUAAAGAGUCUCACCUUCGAAGCACAAACCUCACUCAUUUACAAGCCAUAAUAGAGUCGGCAGAGAGCUUAGAGGAUGUGGUCAGCGUUCUCCAUGUCUUCAGCUUCAAUGAUGGAUUUGGUGAGAAGCAAACACUCGUGGUGGAUGUCGUCGCAAAUGGUGGUCACACCUGGGUGAAAGCAAUUGGACGGAAGGCUGAAGCACUGCACAAUAUAUGGUUGGGAAGGGGCCAAUAUGGAGAUAAAAGCAUAAUGCAACAGGCAGAGGAUUAUCUACGAGCCAGCUGUCAGCAGCCAGUGCAGUACAGCAGCCCUCAUAUCAUAUUUGCCUUUUACAAUAGCGUUUCCAAUCCAAUGGCUGAAAAAUUGAAAGAGAUGGGCAUUUCUGUACGUGGGGAUAUUGUUGCUGUUAACCCCUCGCAGGACGAUCUUCCAGAGGAUAACUUAUUAAGUAGCAGCGAAUCUGAUGAUGAUGGCUCAGAGUUGUUGCAAGUCGGCAAAGUUGACAGGGAAAACAUAGUGGCCACUGUUGCUUUUCCUACAGAGAUCAAAAUAGAAGUCUGCAACAGAGUCAACUUGGACAUUACUACCUUAAUCACCUAUGUAUCAGCUCUCAGUCAUGGGAGUUGCCACUUAGUCUUUAAGGAAAAUGUGUUAACAGAGCAGGCGGCUCAGGAAAGGCAAGAAAAGGUGCUGCCCCUGUUGCAGUCUUUCAUGGAAGGCAAGGAGUUGUUUGCUUGUGAAUGUGCUGUCAAGGACUUUCAGUCUAUAUUAGAAACCUUAGGUGGGCCAGGAGAGAGGGAGAGAGCUGCGUCUCUAUUAAAGAGAGUUACUGUGGUACCCGAUCAGCCUUCAGAACGUGCCUUAAAACUUGAUGUCAGCUCGAAAAUAAAUAGUCGUUCGAUCUCUAUCUUUGGGACAGGGGACACUUUAAAAGCCAUCACGAUGACUGCCAACAGUGGCUUUGUAAGGGCAGCCUCUAACCAGGGUGUUAAGUUUAGUGUGUUCAUUCACCAGCCACGAGCACUAACCGAGAGCAAAGAGCCAUUUGCUACCCCUUUACCAAAUAAUUACACAUCCUCUGAUCUACAAUGAGAGGUCUAGUAAAUUACUAAAAUAUUGUAGGGAUGCAGGCCGACAUAAUUAUAUAAAAUUGCUAAUUAUUAUUAUUAAAGAUAAAAGUGCCACUUUAAGUAAGAAUCUUAUUUUGUAGUGUUGAAAAAGAACUACGAUAUCAACAAGUUAAUAUAUCAUUUACCAUUCUACUGGUUUUGCUAAAUUAAAGGCAAACGGUUUCCAUGAAAUGUACCAAA